AUUUGUUUUGUGUUAUACUCUGGUUCAACGUUUCACCGUUGUCCAUUUAAUUGAAGUUGUUGGUUCUUUACCAUUUUGUUACUUCUCUUAGUUUUUAAUCACCCUCUGUGGUUUCGCCAUAGUUUUUACACAGCAGCCUCCGGCUGAAGUUUCUGAGAAGGCUAGUGGUUUGCAGUGUAUCGACUUGAAAAAGUGUGAUCAAGUUUGUUUUUCUUUUUCUUUGGCAAAGGGAACAUACCCAAAAACAUGGGCUCUUUUAAGCUGGAUUUUUUGCCUGAGAUGAUGGUGGACCAUUGCUCUUUGAAUUCUAGUCCUGUGGCGAAGAAGAUGAACGGGACCCUGGACCACCCGGACCAGCCCGACAUCGAUGCUAUCAAGAUGUUCGUUGGCCAGAUCCCACGGUCCUGGGCAGAGGAACAGCUGCGGGAGCUUUUUGAGCCUUACGGCGCCGUCUACGAAAUCAAUGUAUUGCGUGACAGGAGUCAAAACCCCCCCCAAAGCAAAGGUUGUUGUUUCAUAACAUAUUACACUCGCAAAUCUGCAUUGGAAGCACAAAAUGCUCUUCACAACAUGAAAAUUCUCCCAGGGAUGCAUCACCCCAUUCAGAUGAAGCCAGCUGACAGUGAGAAGAAUAAUGCGGUGGAAGACAGGAAGUUGUUCAUAGGAAUGAUAUCGAAAAAGUGUAAUGAGAAUGACAUCAGACUUAUGUUCUCACCGUAUGGACAGAUCGAGGAAUGUAGAAUACUACGUGGGCCGGAUGGACUGAGCCGUGGUUGUGCGUUUAUAACUUUUACAGCAAGACAGAUGGCACAGUCAACAAUCAAAUCCAUGCACCAAUCACAAACUAUGGAGGGCUGCUCGUCUCCCAUCGUAGUGAAGUUUGCCGACACGCAGAAGGACAAGGAGCAAAAGCGCAUCACCCAGCAGCUUCAGCAGCAGAUGCAGCAGCUCAACACUGCCUCAAUGUGGGGGAAUCUGACCGGGCUCAACUCUCUUGGACCACAGUAUCUGGCACUUUAUUUACAGCUCCUCCAGCAGUCUGCCACCUCUGGGAAUGCCCUCAACAACCUUCAUCCCAUGUCUGGUAUGUCAGGGCUGAAUGCCAUGCAGAACCUGGCUGCCCUGGCAGCAGCAGCCAGCGCCACACAGGCCACGCCCACGGGCAGCAGCGCUCUCACCACCUCUAGCAGUCCUCUCAGCGUGCUCACCAGCUCAGGUACGAGUACUGGACAGCAGGCACACUCAUCAUGGGACGCCUACAAGGCAGGAUCGUCACCCACCUCCUGUAACAACAACUCAAUGAACCCCAUGGCCUCCUUAGGGGCGCUGCAGUCUUUGGCCGCAGGGGCUGGAGCCGGCCUCAACAUGGGCUCACUUGCAGAGCUCCUGUGUCUAGGGAUGGCAGCCCUGAACGGCGGUCUAGGCAGCGGGGGCCUGUCGAACGGAACCAGUAGCACCAUGGAGGCCCUUACACAGGCCUACUCUGGGAUCCAGCAGUACGCUGCUGCUGCCCUCCCCAGCCUCUACAACCAGAGCCUGCUCUCCCAACAGAGUGUCAGUGCUGCAGGAAGCCAGAAGGAAGCAAGCGACAGUCGGAGCACGGGCCCUGAGGGAGCCAACUUGUUCAUCUACCACCUCCCCCAGGAGUUUGGAGACCAGGAUCUGCUCCAGAUGUUCAUGCCCUUUGGCAACGUUAUUUCCGCUAAGGUGUUCAUUGACAAGCAGACCAACCUCAGCAAGUGUUUUGGCUUUGUGAGUUACGACAAUCCAGUCUCAUCCCAGGCCGCCAUUCAGUCGAUGAACGGUUUCCAAAUUGGCAUGAAGCGACUAAAGGUGCAGCUGAAGAGAUCCAAAAAUGACAGCAAGCCAUAUUGAAUGCUUUCUCUCAAUUGGACUUGGUUAGGAUUUUUUUUCCUUCUGAUAUCUUCGUGCCCGUUUGUUCAUCGUUUGCCUAGCAUGUUGAUGUGACGUCAAAAGUUCAUCGUCCAGUUCGUUGUCCUCCACUUCUGACGCUUGAAAUGUUCACCUUUUUGACCUUUUGUUAGCUUUUGGCGUUUAUUGGAAAAUGUUUUUGUUUGUUCUGUUUCUCUUUUGUCCUUUGUGCUGCCACUAGGGUGCGCUAGAAAGACUGCCAAGAAAAUAAAUGUAUAAAGCUACAUUAGUUGUUACAAGCAAAAAAGAGAAUCUAUUUUUUCGAGAACUUACUGACAUAACCACUAGAUUUUUCCAGAUCGGUUGAUUUUUUUUUUUUUGUUUUGUUUAUUUUUGCCUUCAUAGUAAACUCGUUUAUUUUUCCCUUUAUGUUUUGAGCGGUCUUCCUAGCGCCCCCCACACUACAUUUUUGUCUGAAAGCAACCAAUCAAUUUCUAGAAACUACUUUUGCGUGUGGGUGUUAUUUAUCUUGUAAGUUCUAAGCUUUUUUAGGAUGUCUUUGGUCAUAUUCUGGGGAUGACUUUGUAAUUUUGUGUUAGGUUAGUUGGUAUGAGGGUCAUUUUUGGGGGAGUGUCUAAUGAGUGACAACGAUAUACACUUGAAUCACCGUUUUUGUCUUUCAGUGUGUGAAGUCAUCACAGGCACAUCAUGUUUUCAUUUCCUUUUGUGUGGAAAUCAUCCUUAGUCUGAAUAAUAAAAUAUACAAAAUGAGCAGAAUUGAGUUUCUUUUCAGUUAUAUGUAUUUAGCAUGCACUUUUUUUUGUAACUUCACUGAAAUCCUCAGCAAAAUGUGAUUGACUUUUUUUUAAUAGAAUAAAAACAGUUAGGAAUAAACUAGUGCCAAAUGAUGCUGGUGGUCACAUUUAUCUCUUACACCUUGCCCUUUGAAGUUAAGAUCUGGGCAACAAAAGUAUGGGUUGGUUUCUUUUUCAACGUUGAUGUGGUGGGUUGUACCUCGUAGGUUUUCGUGUGUGUGUUUAGACUGAUUUUAAAGACCCUUAUUUUAUGUUAGGACUUGAGGUGAAGUUAGGUGUUGGAAUUAUUUGGAUUUUUCUGUAGUACCAAGUAUUCCCUAAACUAGAUAACCAGGUUAUAAAGCAUGUGCCCAUAAAGGCUUAUUUGUUUCAACUUUGGGAUUAAUUCUGUUGGGUUGGGAGUGUUUUUGUGUCUCAUAAUAAAGGCUAAACACUACCUUUUCAUGCAGUUCCUGAUAAACUUUGUAUUUUACUCCCAGAGAGCACAGUUUUUAUUAGCAUACAUUGUCGUUAAUAUAGUUGUAUUGCAUUGGCACAGUGUGUAGCAUGUGAAGUGAUGUUUUUAUCUGACCUGAGUUUGCCGGAUAGCUUUAGGCAUGUUAAAUGUGUGUCUUUGUGCAUUAACGUCAUCAAUUUGCUUUACUUGGGAUUUACUUAUGAAUCCCUACUACUGUCAUCAUUUCAGUGGUCCACAUGUAUACAAACCAUUGUCUUUGCAGUAGUUAACAUGGCUCCAUCCCUGUUUAACAUCAGGGCCCUCUUCUCAAACCAGGAUUGGGUUUUAGAAAUGGAACCUCUAACCACGUUAUAGAACUGUCACAUGUUCUGUACUCAAGAACUACCCUUUAUUUUCACCAUUAAAAAACACUUCUCUGGGUUAUUGAUCUCCCGUUGUUCAACAAAAAAUAUGUUGGAUGGAAUCUCCUUAAAUGAAUUGACCUGCAGAGAAAAUACAGACUCAUUGGAUUGACUGGGCUCAUUUAAUUUUAAUAUUAUGUGACAGAUUGUAUUUCCAGAUUUGUCAGCUGCUAGGUCUGAGUUUAAAUGUGAUCCUAGAAAAUAAACCUGUUGGAUAUUUUUUGCAUUAUUAUUGGUACAAAGUGACUGAUUUUCUAUUUAACUUUUGGUUUGUACAGUUUCCUUUUCUACUAGAACAAAGUUAUAUUUCACAAUGUGAUAUUGAAAUUCAAAAGUUCAAACAUGUAGAGCUUAGUUGCCACAUGACCAAACCUUAGUCUGUACAGCUGUAAUAUUAAUUGAUAAGAAUGCAAUUCUGUGAAGUCGCCUUUCGUUGAAUUCAAUUAACUUUUCUUUCUAUAUAUUUUUGUUUUGUUUUACAAUGUUGUGAUUUUGCUGUGAGACAUAGACAUUGCUGAAUUUAUUAGAUGGCCAAAACAGUUGCUUUUUUAAUAAUUUCAGUUCGAUAUUGUCUUUGAAAUGUUUUUGAUUUAAGGAUAACACUUGUCUCCACAGGCGUGAAGCUAAGUGCACACUCAAUAAGCAGUCGUUUUGUGAGCCAAAAUUGUGAUCCCUAUUUGGUUGGUUUGUUUAUGUACAAUUAAAAUGUUUAAAAAAUUCAUAUUAAAA